GUUACGCAAUUGACUCCGUUAGCCUUACAAUGUAUCGAUAUAAAUACUGUGUUCAUCGUCGUUAUCAUCCCUGGUUACUGGUAGCUUAGCAGUAGCUUAGCCAAAUUCUCACAAUAUGUAGUCUGUUGCCGCCCAAUUUCGAGCUCAUAGGCGGCUACAGCUGCAGCAAGCGAGCCAUUGCCACCCUUCUUCAGCCUUCUUCCCUUAUGUAAUGGGACUGAGGAUUCAAAUCUUCUAGCUCCUCCGAUUCACCCCAAUUCGCUUCCCCUUUGUACUCUCGACCCCCCUGUGUCAUCACCGCUAUGCUGUUCCUACCGCGAUCUCUGUUACGUUCGCUCUGCGUACUUGUCCUCAUCCCUUUGGCCAUCCUUGGGGUCUGGGCCAUGCCACUUGCACCGCGCGACGCCCUCUCCACCAUUCCCCAGCUGGAAUCGCGUGCCCCAGGCGGGAACCAAGACUUGAAGCUCCCUCUCGUGCUGCUAAGAUACGAUAAACGUGGUGCAAGCAUAGCUGCUUCAACCGUAACUGAUUUCAAAAAUCAUGAUUCUCGCAUUAUGAUUCUGCAAGAUGGUGAAUAUUGGGUCCUUCGUUUAGGUUCCGCCCGUCGAAAACCGAUGUUUUUUGAAGCAAAAGAAACUUCAUUCAGAGGUACCUUUGAAAUCCAGAGCCGGCAGCCAAGUAGCAAACCACAACUUGGGGUGGCGCUUGGGGAUGUUACAAUAGAGGCCAAAGACGAAGAAAAAUUGUACAAUACUAUUCCAACCCUCCCAUGGCAUUUGGAUGCAUUCUCUACACUUGAAGGAGUGGUGAAUUACCUCUUGGGGAAACUGAAAGAACAUCCGCUCCUUGAGGGUGUUGUAUAUACUCCCCGCAUGGACCCAGAUCAGCCAUCAAUAUUCUCAGCAAUGGCAGACCCGAAUUUAGUACAUCAAUAUCCAAAAUCCUUGUACUUGAAGUUGAAACCUGGCGUGACAAGGGACAGUUGGUGGAAUCGCAACAAAAUUCAACACGGUGAUAACAUCAGCAAAAAGUCAGGCUCACCGUGAGGCGAAACAAUGCAUCGUACUGCAUUGUAAGGUGUGACAACAUUGCGAGGCAGCAACGGCAUUGCGCCGCCUCGUUCGCGAGAAAUUCCUCGUGCCAGCUACAAUGAAAUUCGGACCUCGCAACUGAUGCGAGGAUAUUUGAGGCUUACGAGGCACUGCGAUCCCCCGGAAACUACUGUACAUUACCAGGCAACAUCGCGCUGAAUCUCUCCGUUGGUCGUACUAGAUCUCAUAUAUAAAUAACAAUAAUGCUAUCAUUGACCAAUAGUAGGCAAAUAUACAUGAUAUGAGAACGA